AAUUUCGUUCCCCUAAGUUCAUCCAAUCUCUCCCUCUCCGACACACACACAGACAAGCAAAAUGCAAAGGCGAUUCCAGCGUUUCUUCACAUCCCUAAAGGAGCACGGCAGUGUCAGCUACGCCAAGGUCGCCACGGCCGGCGGGUUCUGCGACGUCAACCUCGUGCUCGUCAAGGCGACCACCCCCGACGACCUCCCGCUCCCCGAGCGGUACGUGCUUGAGCUCCUGAAGAUCUUCUCCAUCUCUCCUUGCUCUUUCCGCACGUUCACCCUUGGCUUUGCCCGCCGGCUGGCAAACACGCGCUGCUGGCGCGUCGCCCUCAAGUGCUUGCUCCUUGUCCACCGUCUUCUCCAUAUGCUCCCCGAAGACAGCCCUUUACGGUCCGAACUGCUGUGGGCACGCUCCGCCGGAUUCCUCUCUCUGAACCCGUGCCACUUUCGGGAUGCCUCCUCCUCGGCCUCCGAGGACUACACCAGUUUCAUCAGGUCCUAUGCCAGGCUUCUCGACGAAGCUCUCAAUGUAUUCUCGAUCGAAACUGUGCUCGCCGAGGAUGACGAGUUGCCCGAAAACCUGUCCGAUAGGAUGAGGGAAGUGGGGAAGCUGCUAGAGAUUCUGCCGCAGCUACAGAUUCUGAUUGACCACGUCGUGGACUGCCAGCCGGUCGGAUCUGUAGCGAGGAGCUUCAUCGUAAAAUCGGCGAUGAAACACAUAAUCCGCGACAGCUUCAUUUGCUACACCACAUUCAGGAGAGACAUCGCGGUGUUGCUAGAGAGCCUCUUUCACAUGCCACACAGGAAUUGCAUCUCCGCCUUUGGCAUCUACAAGAAAGCGGCUCUCCAAGCCCAUCAGCUUACUGAAUUCUACGAUUGGUGCAAGGGGCGGGAGCUCUGCGGGCCGUAUGAGUACCCGUUCAUUGACCGGAUCCCGCAGAUUCAGAUCCGAGCGCUCGAGAGUCUCCUCGACGGAAUGUGGCAGUUGACGGAUCGGUCGUCGUCGUCGUCGUCGCCAGCAACAACCGCAUCGCCCUCUUCAUCCGUAGCACGGUCGAGGUCGACAUUGACUGAAGAUGAGGGCAAAUUCAUGCUGAGGCGAGACAGCACGCAGUGGGAGAGAUUCGAGGACAAUGACUUGGUGAUGAAACCGGAGGAAGAAGAGAGGGAGCCAUUGAUCAAGCUUGAACAUGGCGAGAAGGCGGCCAUCGGUUGGGACUGGGAGGCCCUUCUGGAGGCCUCCAUCAAUCUCUCCCCCAUGAAUCCACAGACCAAGUUGCGUGCUCGUGAUGAAGCAAACAAGGAUCAAAGUGGGAAAGAGAACGAGUGGCAGUUGCAGAUAUACGGCAACCCAAGAAGCCUCAAUCCUUUCUAUUGACGUGAUACGCAAGAGGAAUUGAAUUUAAUGCUACCGGUGUCGUUUUUCGUGAUAGACUAUAGUGUUAGAAAUUUGGGUUUUAAAGAGGUGAUGCACUUCAUGAGUUUUAAUUUUUUUUUUCCUAAAAGAUUCGUUGUGUUGUUUUAGAAACUACAUACCAUGUUUCGUUUAUUCUAGUGAGCUGGAAAAUUGUCCCAAAAAU